GGAAAAGAAAAAAUAGAAAACUCAAUAAUUCAAAACAACCGUACCCCAAGGCAAAAGAUGCUGAUUACACGUUUUGGUCCAGAGGAUUAAACUUGAGAAUUACCCCCAUCCAAUAAAUUUCACCUCCACAAAGGUAAAACAAAAAUCUGAGCAGCUUUAAUAACCUCCUCCUAGUCCCAGUAGUAGAUAUGCUGGAAACUCCAGUGUUGUUGCAAAAUUCAAGCGAUGAAGGAGGAGGUGCUGCUGCUGCGGAGCUGAAGAAGAAUAAUGAAGGCGGAGGUGAGUGGAAUUCAGGUGGGAACAGGUGGCCCCAUGAGGAAACACUGGCUUUGCUCAACAUAAGGUCUCAAAUGGAGCUUGCAUUUCGUGACUCCUCCUCCUCUCACAAAGUCCCUCUAUGGGAUGAAGUCUCCAGGAAAAUGGGGGAACUUGGGUAUCAUCGAAAUGCCAAGAAGUGCAAAGAGAAAUUCGAGAACAUCUACAAGUAUCACAAGAGAACAAAGGAAGGCCGAUCUGGUAGACGACAAAAUGCCAAAAAUUACAGAUUCUUCCAGCAGUUGGAGCUUUUUGACUCCCACCACUCUUUACUUCCAUCCCCAACCUCCCAUCAAAUCCAAAUCCAAAAUACCCUGGAAAAACCAACCUUGGUAUCUCCUGCAACACCCCUCACAAUGUUAAAACCCACCACAAGCUUAAGCCAAGAUGAUCUCAGAAUACAGCAGCCUUGCCAUACUCGAGGAGACUUCAGUUUGGACGUCAAUUUCACCUCCACAUCCGCCACCUCUUCUUCGUCAGGGAAAGAAUCUCAAGGGAUUGCUAAGAGGAAGAGGAAGUUGGGUGAUUAUUUUGACAAGUUGAUGAAGGAAGUGCUAGAGAAGCAAGAGGGUUUACAUAGCAAGUUCCUUGAAGCAAUAGAGAAAUGUGACAAGGAUCGGAUGGCAAGAGAAGAAGCGUGGAAGAGGCAAGAGAUGGAAAGACUGAAGAGAGAACAAGAGUCAUUAGCUCAGGAAAGAGCCAUUGCUGCAGCAAAGGAUGCAGCUAUUAUUGCCUUUCUGCAGAAGAUAACACAGCAACCUAUCCCUAUCCCUGUACCAUUGCCAACGAACCCGACCCCCAUAUCUCCUAAGUGUGUUGAGAACCAAGAAAGUGUGUUAGAGAAAAAUAUUGGAGAUGGCAGCGAAGAAGAUGUGGUGGACAAAGGAAAUGACAUGCAAGAGAAUGUUGCUGAGAGAAGUAGUAUUGAAAAGAGAGAGAAGAGUGGUUGUGGUGAGAGUAAUUCUGUGCAGACAAGCUCUUCACGGUGGCCUAGAGAAGAAGUGGAAGCUUUAAUUAGAGUUCGGAGAAAUCUUGACUUGCAAUACCAAGAUAGUGGAUCAAAAGGGCCAUUGUGGGAGGAGAUAUCAGCAGGUAUGAAGAAGCUUGGAUAUGACAGAAGUGCGAAAAGGUGUAAAGAGAAGUGGGAGAACAUAAACAAGUACUAUCGGAGAGUAAAAGAAACACAAAAGAAAAGGCCUGAAGAUUCAAAGACGUGCCCUUACUUCCACUUGCUGGAUUCUCUGUAUCAAAGCAAGUCCAGGAGGGUAGAACAUAGAGGUUCAGAUGUUCCUAAAUCCAAGGGAGAAAUGCUGGUGCAAAUAAUGAGGCAAAACCAAGCGGAGGAGGAGGAGGAGGAGGAGGAGGCAACAGGAAAAGAAGAUGGCGAAAGACCAAGUGUGGAUCAAAAUGAAGAAAAUGAUGAUGAGUAGCAGCAAAUAGUUGGAAAUCCCCCCUUGCCUGCUGCAGAAAAAAGAAUGCAGUGAUGCUGAUGGUGGAUGCAUGAAGUUUUACAAGGGGCACAGUGGUUGUGCCUUAGAGUUGUGUAAGAUUACAAUUGGUGCACAUAAAGCAAAGUGACAUCUUUCUUUCUAGUUUAGUCAUAAUAAUAAUGUAUAUGAAAUCAUAGUUUACUGGGUAAAUAGAGAGAGAGAUGGUUGUUUAGAAGAUUAGCUCACAAGUAAUGAUGUCCAUUUGUGUAAAAGUUGAAAUUUGUUGAUUGUGUGUUGUAGUUGUAUUAAUAAAGACAUAAACAUGAUUGGGUUUUUUGAAUUGGAGGAUGAUGGAGUACAAACAAUAAAGGAAAUAAUAAUGUGUUA